AUGACGAUAGUUUCAAGAUUGUUCGAUAAACGAUUAUCGAUCCACAAACCACUCCGAAUCUUCUUCAGGCACUGGCACAAGGAAGCGGUCAACGUGACGUGGGCCAGACCCGACCACGGCUGGACCAAGUUGAACUAUGACGGCUCGUGCAAGUGCAAGACGGGAGAAUCGAGCAUUGGUGGCAUUUUCCGUGACCACAACACGUGUUUCUUGCUAGGGUAUGCCGAGUCGAUCGGUCAAAGCAACAACUCGUUGGCUGAGCUGACGGCCCUCAUGAGGGGCCUCGAGAUCGUGCUCGAAAACGGGUGGAGUGACGUGUGGCUCGUGGGCGACUCCAAGGGCAUUGUUGACAUUAUCACGAGAAAGAAGAGAGUUAUCAGGUGCGCGCAAGUGCGUGCACAUGUGGCGCGUGUGAACUUGAUGGUGUCGGAGAUCAAGAACUGCGUGUUCACUCACACUUUUAGGGAGGGGAAUAGGGCCGCGGAUAAAUUCGCACAGAUGGGACACAAGCUGAAGAGGCCGCAGGUUUGGAGGCACGUUCCACUGAAUGAGGUUUUACGUAUCGUGAAUGGGGAUGCGGAGGGAAAGACAUUCGAGUACGCUAGAUAA